AUGUCGUGUCCAAGCUGCAUCGAAGGAGAAAUCCUCCCAGGCGAGCCAGUCGGCUCGAUUCAAGCGGAUUUCAACGGGGCCUACCUCUCUCCUGGCCCACCUUCAAAGACGGGGCGCGGACGCGCAGUCAUUGUGUGCACAGAUGUCUUCGGUCUGGCCAUUCCCAAUCCCAAGUUGGUCGCGGAUAGGUUGGCGAGUCGGUUGGAAUGCGAUGUGUGGAUUCCGGAUUACUUCGCUGGGUUAAUAAGAAACCGACCGGCGGUGGUGGAUGGGAGACUGGCCUCGUUUUUUUCUCUUCUGAAGGAGAAGAAGAAUUAUGACAAGCUCGGUGCUGUGGGCUACUGCUUUGGAGGGUCAGCUUGCAUCCGCCUUGGCGCAACCGACUUUGUCCAGAGCAUCAUCGUGUGUCACCCAGGCCCGUAUACAUUUGCUGAAGUCAGGAAGGUCAAAGUCCCGUCAGCCUGGGUUUGUGCCGAGAUCGACUACACGGUUCCGGACCACAAGAGGAUAGCGACGGAGGCUGAAUAUGCGAAGAGGAAAGGCACCGAGCAAUUCGUCGACUACGAGUUCAAAGUCUACAAAGGGACGUCCCAUGGCUUUGCGUGUCGACCAGAUACCAAGUACCCUGAAAUCGCAGAAGCAUUUGAGCAGGCGAUAGACCAAAAGGUUGCGUGGUUUGAGAAGACGCUGCCUGUUAGCUAG